AUGGCGCUGCUGGAGGGAGCUGCACCAACACUGCUGGAAAGGCUGUUGACAGAGCUGGAAUCUCCUUCCUGGUGGCCCUUCAGCACCAAACUCUGGAAAACCCCUCUGGAAGCGAAGCCCAAGGAAAGCCCCGCAGCUCCCGAUCCCGAAACGCAGGAAGGAAUCCUGCUGCGAAUUCCCGUGAUUAUCACCCACAGGACGGACUCCAGCGCCAAACCGGGCAAGCUCACGCUGCUUCCCUCCGGCCUGGAAAUCGAGGAUUGCAAUUCCCAGCUGCUGCACCGCUUCGAAUCCCGGGAUGUGGACGAUAUCCGUGUGCACACUCCCUACGAGAUCAGCGUCCGGCAGAGGUUCAUCGGCAAGCCCGACACUUCCUACCGGCUCCUGGCGGCGCGGAUGCCCGAGGCCAUUCCCAUCCUGGAGAUGCAGUUCAGCAAGAAGAUCCAGUUUUUGGAGGAUGCUCUGGGAUUUGCCGGAGGAGCCGGGAAGUCUCCUCGGGCGGAUUUGGGCGCGUCCAUCUGGCAGGCAGCCACGGGAUUCCUGGGUGCCGCGGUGAAUCCCGGAUUGCCGGCGGGCAGCGCCGAAGGGACGGACAAGGAGCAGGUGCAGCUGCAGAAAAUAUCCCAGGAGGAAGCCAAGGAGCUCCGACAGAUCCUGAAGAAGCUGAAGGGGCUGGCGCUGGAGACGGAGGCGGAGCUGGAAAGGCAGGACGAGGCCCUGGAUUCCAUCAGCAGCUCCGUGGAUCGUGCCACGCUCACCAUCGACCGGCAGAACCGCAGGAUGAGGAAGCUGACCUAAGCUCCCGGCGGGAAUGGGAACGCCGGCACGGGCAGGAGGGUGGGGGAGCCGGGAAUUUCAGGACUGGUUUUUCCAGAGACACCUCGGGAGGGGUUUGGGAUGAGGUUUGGAAAAUGGCGCUGCUGGAGGUGAGUUCCUGAGAGGAUUGGACGGUUCCUGGACUUGGAUGAUGGUUGGAUCUUGGAUCGUGAUUGGAUCUUGGAGGAUGU